AGAAGCACACACUCCAGAUGGCGUUCAUGUCCCGGUUCUCCCGGUCCCGGAGCAGCUCGAGAUCUCCCAACAGGAAAGAUUCGGAGCGCGGGACCCCGGUGCUGACAGUGUCUGAGCUGGAACGGCUCCUCUACACCGGGAAAACAGCGUGUAACCAUGCCGACGAGGUCUGGCCUAGGCUCUACAUCGGGGACCAGUGAGUAACCUAGGCUGCAAAACCUUGUGCUUUUUCCAAAGUCUAAUAUGUUAUACAAAUUUUUUUUUCUAACAUAAGAGAUAGUAUAGUAUGCUAGGCCUACUGCUUCAUUUCAGCUAAUUUUGCGAUUGGUUGCUUGAUUAAUUGAUCAAUUGAGUGAUUCCCCUCCCCAACCCAACUGUACUGCAGAGACAUUGCAUCAGACCGGCGUGAGCUGGCACGGCUUGGCAUCACCCACAUCCUGAACUGUGCCCAGAGUAAGUGGCGCGGCGGGGCGGAGUCCUACGCUGGCAUGGAUAUCACCUACCAUGGCAUCGAGGCCCACGACUCGCCCUCCUUCGACAUGAGUGUCAACUUCUACCCCGCUGCAGAGUUCAUACACAGAGCCCUCAGCAGCGGUGGUGAGUACAUUUGUGUUCCUCUCUCACACACACACUCAGCAAAACCCAGGCUUGAGUCAGGACAAUCGAUUCACCUGCAACAUUUCAAGACUGGCCCUCCUCGCAAACAGUAGUUCACGCAGGCACACACACAAACACACACAUACACGUCUGCACAAACACACACCUAAACAGGUACUCAGGUGCACACCAUCUACAAAUAUUAAUCCCACACCUGUUGAUCUGUUCAGAUGUUCCUGUAUGUGUACCUGUGGAUGACUAUUACCUGGAGGUAACAGGCAAAAGCAGUAUCAUAGAGCGUCUCGAGAAUCGAGAGAGAGAGAGAGAGGAGCAGAGCAGAAGAGAGCGAGCGAGAGAGAGUAGAGGCGGCGGAUAUCUCUCUCUCUAUUAUCUCUCUCUCUCUCUCUCCUCUAUUCUCUACUCUCUAUCUCUCUCUCUUCUAUCUAUCUCUCAUAUGAGAUCUACGUCUCUCUCUCUCUCUCUUCUCUCUCUCUCUCUCUCUCUCUACUCUCCUCUCUCUAUCUCUCUCUCUCUCUCUCUCUCUCUUUCCCUCCCCUCUAGGUAAGGUGCUGGUACACUGUGCGGUGGGUGUGAGUCGUUCGGCAACGCUGGUCCUGGCCUACCUUAUGAUCCGUCAGAACCUGACCCUGGUGGAGGCCAUCAAGGCGGUGAAGGACCACCGCGGCGUUAUCCCCAACCGGGGCUUCCUACGGCAGCUCAACGGCCUAGACGGCAUCCUCCGGGACAGCCGCAAGGCUCUACACUCCCCAACCUCUCCAACCUCUCCCUAGAGCUAACAGGCUAACACGAUGAUGUCUUGAUCUCGUCAUGAAAAAUACAUAUUUAUCUGGUUGAAACAGAGACCAAUUGGUCGGAAUCUGGUUUUAUCACAUCUUUACAACCAGAAAACCAGUUUACAACCAGAAACGUCAUGUGCCAAUCUUUUCCUGCUGGGUGGUCAUGUGACAAUAGUUGUCUGUUUUCUUUUUCAUCUUUUCAUAACCAGAA